AUGUCUUCAUACGCCAUCAUCGGAGGCUCUCGUGGAAUAGGUCUAGAGCUAGUGCGCCAACUGUCUGGAAGGAAGAACGUGCACGUCCUGCAGGCGGAUGUUAUUGAUCACCAUGCCUUGAAGGUCGCAGCAGACAAGGUCUCAGAACUCACGGGCGGUACGCUGGAUGUUCUGAUACAUAGCGCUGCGCGCAUGGAUCAUACGUCUUUGUACCGCCGUCUCACCGACUACGCCGAUGACAAUCAACUCGAUGCUGAUUUUACGGAAGCUUUCCGUGUGAAUGUUCUUGGCAUCGUACACUCCAUAAAUGCUUUCCUCCCCUUGCUUCGCAAAGGUGGUUUCAAGAAAAUCCUUGUUAUGAGCAGUGGCGCGGGUGACCGCGAGCUCGCGUGGAAGGCGCGCGUUGCUACUUCUGCAGCGUACGGGACGACGAAGGCCGCGGCGAACAUGGUCAUGACCAAGUAUGCCGUGCUGCUAGAGAGCGAGGGGUUCACUGUGUUCGCCCUGAGUCCCGGCUACGUGGACACGACGGACACUGCCGUCGACCAGCCGGACGAAGCAGGGAAGGCUGCACUAGACGAGAUGCUGGAGAAUAUACGUAAAGUGUACCCCGGUUAUGACCCAGCACCCGCCCCUCUCAGCCUUGCUGUAAAGUCGAUCCUGAUGGCUGUGCAGCAGGCGGACCCUUCUCAGAAUGGGCAGUACUUACCCGCUCCACGGCUGACUUCCUAA